AUGGAGUCUUCGCCUCCAAGGAGCAGUUUGGCUGCUCCGGUGGCAGGUGUGAAGCGUCCUGCGGCCUUGUUGCCUGCCUUUGAGCCAUUGAGCUCCUCUCCCUCACUUCCUCGUCCACAGAAGCGUGUAGCACGCGACAAUCAUGGCAUUGUCUCGACUUAUCCUACGCCGGUGCCGACCUCGUCGACCCAUAUCUUGUCCUCCUCCCCCCCGAGAAUGGCCCUGCCGCGAACGGCCUCACGGCGUACGUUUACUUCGUCCAGCUCCGAACGAACCCCUCUGUCUGCUGUCCCUACCAUAACGCUUCCCGAGAGCGGGGAGCCCGUCCUGAUGGGAAGGUCCAGUGCCUCGUGCCAUCACCAGCUCGCGGCCAACCGUAUGAUAUCGAGGGUGCAUGUCAAGGCUACUUACAAGCCCGCAGCUAAUCCCUUUGACCCUGAUAGAGUGGAGAUCAUGUGCAUGGGAUGGAACGGGAUUAAGUUGCAUUGUCAGGGGAAAACAUAUGACUUGGCCAAGGGAAAGACGUUUACUUCGGAUAUCAAGGAUGCUGAUAUCAUGAUCGAUGUUCAUGACGCCCGCGUGCUGGUCCAAUGGCCUCAAAGUGACCGGAAAGAUUAUGCCUCGACGGAUUCCGAGCAGACAUGGGAGGAGACUACACCCAAACGUAAAGCACAGUCGCGUCGGAGUAUUCACGAAAGCCCCAAUGUGGAACGUCAGCGCUUGGCGUCUCCCGUCUCGCCGUCCCCUGCGGUCAAGUCUCUGGUGCCCCCAUCGUCACCCAUAUAUACCCCGACACGCUCGCGGAACUCCGUGGUCGUAUACGAAGACGAGGCUUCACCUAGCCGUCGCAACAGCACUGCUGAUGCAGAUCAGAAGUCGUCGUCCAUCGCUAGUGACAUUCUGCAGAGCUCGCAGUCCAGCGAGUUGAGUGAGCUGAGCAAGCAAGAUGACUUCUCGGACCAUGAUGAAGAAAAUGACCCCAUUGUUCAUUCCUUUGGACCCUUUGGCGACAAUCUACUCCCUCGGAUGGCCUCAUUCACUGCAGAUGAGUCACCACUCCGUCCUGCACGACCCCGCAACCAGGUUGUCCAGCCUACCAAGUCCCCGGGACAACCCUCCAAGGCCGUUGAGUCGACGGAGAGCACAGUAACCAAGCUGGAGCCGUUGAGCGAGAGCUUUGAACGGGUUCAGAACCAUGCCGCCAACCAAUUGGCGUUCUCUCGGCUCUCCUCCACGCCAUUUUCGACGAUCUUGAACAACCUCCCACCGUCCUUGUGGAGACGGGACGGCCAUCACAAAGAGGGCCCCACGAAAGAAGAGAUCCGUGCCAUCCUGGACACGACCAAGUGCAUUGGAAAGGUGGCACGGGAGGGAAAGGAUGCUGCAGGAAAGCCUCUGGAAGCCGAGUACUAUUACAUUCCUGACUUUGACGAGGACGAUAUGCGACGCGAGGCGGUUGUGCAUGAUCUCAGGAAGCCGGGCCUCCGCAACUGCCGCAAGCAGCACAAGGUACGGGAUCUCCGCCUCCAAAAUGAGAGAGUAUGGGCCGGCGAGAGUGAUGUCUUCCCGGUCAGCAAAUCCCUCGAUUCGGCCUUGAAAAAGAACACCGCUUUCAUCAAGCGCCUCCGCACCGGAAUCAACGCCGCUGCCCAACAAACCUUCCUAACCGAUAUCCGCACCCUCACGCUGCACAAAUACCUGUCGGAAAUUAUCUCCGCCUGCUAUGAAGGUCUCUGCAAGCUCAAAUCGCCCGGCGAAAUUGCUACAGGUGUCGAAAUCACUAGUGCCUUGCACCAGCGCUUCGGACCUGCCGAAUUCACCCGCCAGAUCGGAUGGCUGCUAGGGCGGGGCCUGAGUACCCCGGAUAGAGGACAGCUGAAGGCGCUCAGCCAGGAGUUGCGCGAGCGCGAGGAAAAGGAACGGUUGUCUCGCCAUCGGGUGUUGUUGAGGGUUGUUACGGAGUUGUGGCUGGUGGGGGUGUUGAAGACACUGGAUGAUAUUGAGAAGCCGGAUGAUGUGGGCGCGAAGGGCAAGGAUGGAGUUGUUGGUAUUGGCGGAAAGGCGACGGAUGGGCCGGUGAGAAGGGCGCCGCCGUCUGCUGGUAAAGAUGGUGAGAGGGAGCCCGAGCCGUUUCCUUUGGAGGUGUUGAAGGACCUGCUUGGACAUGAUCGCGACCAUUCAAAUCUGCCACUGGCUGUGCUGUUUGUUAAGAGCUUCAGUUGGGAUGUGCUGGGCGUGAAGAUGGUCGAGGAGGGUAGGAAGACUGUCGAGGCUGAUGGUGCUACAACUACUGUUAAUGGCGAUGUGGAGGCGGAUGCAACAACAGCCCCGGAGGGUGAUGACCCGCCAAUCACUUCGGAGAAGACUCAGCUUCGGUUCAAGCAUAUCCUUAAUCGGUACCUGGAGGAUGUCAAGACACAUGUUGUUCGCGAUCAGAGAGCGUUGGCCGCCCAGAGCCGUCGCAAUGCCGAAGCAUACGUGAAGAGUGGCGAAAUAUUCGAAGACCGCCAGGCCAACUUUGAGAAGCAGACGAAGUCGCUGGAGAAACUGGUUACCAACACUCAGGUCCUGUGUGAGGUUCUGGGCGUGGACAUGCCAGCCUUGGCCGAGAAGGAGGCCGCUGAUGCUGGAGCGGGCGGUGGUAUCGGCCUGGUGAAGGCUAGCGAGUACUUGCGUGGCCAAGGAGAGGGCGCGGGUAUUUGGGAAGACGAAGAGGAACGGCGCUUCUACGAGAAUCUGGUCGAUCUUAAGGGUAAAGUGCCGGCUGUACUGUUGGAGGAUGGCAAGAAGAAGAAGGCGGAGGAUGAGGCCGGAAAGAAGAAAGAAGAAGACGGCACAGAUACGGAGAAGACCGAAGCUGGUCAAGCGCAGUCAGCCGAGGAGAAGGCUGCAGCAGAUGCCGAUGACCAGUCUACUGCUAUCGCAAGCAAGACUGUCGGCGCCCAGGUGGAUGCGCUUCUGGCUAAGCUGCCCGAUCUGCAGACCAAGGACCAGGUUGACCAGCUGGCGCUAGACUUCUGCUUCCUCAACUCAAAGGCGUCUCGGAACAGGCUCAUCAAGGCAGUUUCCGAUGUCCCCAAGGGCCGCAUCGAUCUUCUCCCAUUGUACUCUCGUUUGGUUGCAACCCUAGGACAGUACAUGCCUGAUAUUCCCCAGGGAAUUACCAACUAUCUGGACGAGGAGUUCCGAAGCCUCCAGCGCCGGAAGUCAAAGGAGUUCCUGGGCCAGGUUCGGAUGAGCAAUGUCCGUUAUCUGGCGGAACUGACCAAGUUUGGUGUAGUUCCAGAGCAUAUCAUCUUCCACUGCUUCAAGGUUUCGCUGGAUGACUUUUCGCGCAUGAACAUUGAGAUCAUCGGGCAUCUCCUGGAGAACUGUGGACGCUAUCUGCUUCGAAACCCUGACACGUCCCCGAGAAUGGCUUCCUUCCUGGAGACUCUAGGAAGGAAGAAGACUGUCCAGCAUCUAGGUCAGCAGGAACGAAUGAUCAUCGAGAAUGCAGUCUACUACGUUGAUCCGCCACCGCGGCCUGCCAUCCAGCAGAAGGAGCGCACCCCUAUGGAGUCUUACAUCCGGAGACUGGUCUACUUGGAUAUGAACAAGCGCAACUACACCAAGAUCUUGAAGUCGAUCCGCAAGCUUCAUUGGGAGGAACAAGAUGUGGUCGAUAUUUUGGAGCGCGUCUUCAGCAAGCCGGUGAAAGUCAAAUAUGGCAACAUCCAUCUUCUCGCGAUCCUCGUCAGUGCCCUUUAUAGGUAUCACCAGGAUUUUGUCAUCGGCGUUGUGGACAACAUCCUCGAGCAGAUCACGCUGGGUCUAGAGCAGAACGAUUUCAAGUUCAACCAGAAACGGAUCGCUGAAGUCAAGUACCUCGGAGAGCUUUACAACUACAAGAUGAUUGACUCACCGGUGAUCUUCGACACGUUGUAUCGCAUUAUUACCUUUGGUCAUGAGGGUGGUACGCCCAUGCCUGGAAGGAUCAACCCGCUUGAUCUGCCCGACGACUUCUUCCGUGUCCGCCUGGUCUGCACUCUUCUCGACACCUGCGGUCACUGCUUCGAUCGUGGUUCUGCCAAAAAGAAGCUUGACUUCUUCUUGACCUUCUUCCAGUACUACAUGCAUACGAAGGAUCCCCUGCCAAUGGACGUCGACUUCCUAGUCCAGGAUACUUUCUCCAUGACUCGUCCUCAGUGGAAGUUAGCAGCUGAUUUGGCUGAGGCUACGCAGAUUUUCAGUGAAGCUGUGGCGCAGAACUUCAAGACGCAGGAUGCAGAGAGACCUGCUGAGCCUGAUGAGGACGAUGCGGACAGCAGCUCGUCAGACGAGGGUCUGGAGGAAGAUGUAAUGCUCGAGGAAGAGGACCAGGAGUCGAGCGACGAGGCUGAGGUGUCCGGUCCGAACGCCGAACAAAAUGGCGACAGUGAGUCGGAAGACGAAGAGAUCUUCGUAACUCGGCAGGAAGAGGAACGGGACCCAGAAGCGGAAGCCGAAUUUGACCGUGAAUUCGAGAAAAUGAUGGCGGAGAGCAUGGAAUCCCGGAAAUUCGAACGCAAGGGUGUGUUUGACAUACCUUUGCCGAUGAAGCGGUCUGGACGUGAGGCAGCGCUUGAGACGCCCCCGCCAGAGGCACCCAAGCCCACGAAUAACACCAUGGCGUUCUCAUUGAUGACGAAGAAGGGGAACAAGCAGCAGACCCGCACGAUCGACCUGCCCUCCGACUCCAGCUUCGCCGUGGCAAUGCGAAGUCAGCAGCAAGCUGACCGUGAGGAACAGCAACGGAUCAAGAACCUGGUCCUCAACUAUGAAAUGACCAAUGAAGCAGAGACCAACACCGAUGCCGCAGAGAAGCGUUCCCCCCAUCGCGAUACUAGAAUGGACAAAUCAAGCGCGGCCAGGGCGGCUUUCCGAUCCCGGAAACUCCAACUGAGCGACGUAAACUGGUAG